CUGGGGUAUCAUGCCACGCUGACCUGUUCCACAUGGCGAUCCUUCCUGCCAAGUCUAAUUUUUGGCGCUGCCCAGGCCCUGCUGCCCCAUUCGAACACCGCCUGGUCCUAAUUCUGGGCUGCAUGGCCAGAAUCAAAGCUCAGAUGGUCUUUCAAUUCCACUUUCGGCUUGCCAGUUUUUGAGCGUUUUGGACUUCACCGCCCCGGGUCUCUGCAUGAUCGUAACAAACAAGAAGAAAACAAUGCAUACCUAGAAUAUAUAGAAUAUAAGCCUGUGCUCGAUUCAACCAUGAUGUUUCUCCACCAGAUGAGUUUGGAGAUUCUUUUGCACAAGGGGGGCGCCGAACGCUCCAAGGAGUAGGAGCGUUCUGUCAGUGAAUUUGCCGAUCCACUUUCCUUAUUGCCGUUCAAACUUCAGGUGUAGGCUUAGCUUGAACAAACAUCAUCAAUACUCAUGUGACACCACCACAAGAGAUGAAGGACUAGCCACGCGUCAACAACGUGAAGGCAUUGCAAAACAGAAACAAAAGGAGGUAGAGAUACUGUAUUGAUUACUGAGACAAAAAGCUUGGACUCAUUAAGCCAAAGAGUUGACUUGAAGAUGGCGCAAGAAAGCCAUGCGCCACUCACAAAAAACAGGGCAUCCUCGCCGCAUGCUCGCCUGAGGAAAGAGGGUGAAGCAAAUGCCGGGAAGGACGCAAGCGGACGCAAGGAACAGGUGGCCGAACGUCAACCUUUGGUCCUGGCACGCACAGUGCAGGGAUUUCUGCUGCUUGGCACGCGCAUGGUGCAGCAGUCAAUGCGCAACGCGCUGUCGCCGCUGCUUGUCUUCAUGAGCGCUGAGAUGGACAUCACUAUGGCGCAGAAAGGAAGCCUGUUGUCAGCGAUUGCGGCCGGCUACUUCUUUACCCAAGUACCAGGCGGUGCUCUGGCAGAUCGCCUGGGCGCAAAAAAUGUCAUGACAGCAGCCUUGGGGCUCAGUGCCUUGUGCUGUUUAGCGAUCCCAUUUUUUGUGGACAGCAUGGGCGUGUCUGGGCUUUGGUACAUCAUGAUGGUUAUGGGGAGCGUGCAGGGCCCCUUGUUUCCCACCAGCACCGUGUACUUAAGCAAGUGGAUGCCCAAGAAGGUGGAGGGCGGAGCUGAUGAGAAGGCUUGGGGCACCAGCAUGUUGGACAUUGGCGUCACUGUAGGCACUCUCCUGGUCAUACCCAUGGUCAACAGCUUGGCUGGGGUGCUGGGCUGGAGGCUGACGUAUCAGAUCGUGGGAGUCUUGAGCUUGGGCUUUGUGGCCGUUUGGCAGCUGCUGGCGGCGGAGGAGCCAAGCCGGUGUUUCUACAUCUCGAAGAGCGAGCUGAAGUUCCUCCAGGCAAACGUGCCGAGACCGAAACUGAAGACCAGUGCCAAAGAUGAAGGAUCUGGGCCCUUGGGCAUGCCCUGGGCUGUGGCGAUCCACCCGAGUCUCUGGGCGAUCUUCUUCGCCCAUAUCGCUUUCAACUAUGGCGUGUACUAUCUCACAAACUGGAGUCCAACCUACUACAAUGACGUCUUGCGCCUAAGCCCUAAUGAGGCCAAAUACCACCUGAUGGCUCCCUACAUCAUGAGCUUAAUCGCCACCUGCACGAGCCCCUUGCUGGUGAAAGCGGUGGGCAGAUUGGGUUGGGAUCUGCUCACCACCCGCCGCCUCUUCACUGCCUCGGGCUUCCUCUUAGCAGCGGCAGCGUUGGCACCUGUCCACGUGUUGCGAGACUACAGCCCGUGGGUUUCCACGGCGCUCUUCAGCUUAGCAAACGCAUCCUUUGGGCUGACACCCAAUGGCUUCAAGGUCCAGCGACGCACCACGGCCAGGCCAAUUACUUGGAGAUCACUGAGAGAUACGUUGGAGUGGUCAGUGGCUAUGGAAACACACUGGGGACACUGGCAUCCUGGGCGGGGCCACAACUGGUCGCCCUCCUGCUACAGCAUUUCCACAGCUGGGACCUUGUGUUGCUUUCCUUGGCAGUGAUGAACGUCAUGGCUUCGGUGAACUAUGUUCGCCUCGCCAGCGUGAAACCAGUGGAGAAGCUUUUGGAGUUGUCCAAAGAGGCCCCAAGCAACAAGAAAGUUGAUUGAGGCAGCCGUGCGCAUGAAAAGGAUUGAAAAGGCAAAAAAACUCGCAGUGAGUCCGAAAGCCUCCCGCG